GGGAUUGUGCAGCUCUUCACUGGUCUGGACGCAGCGGAGGCGUGCGUCGAUGUCGGUAUAUACCUUGUAAAGUGAUAUAUUGUGGCGGUCAUCACAUCUACCGCCUAGUUCUUGGCGGGCUAGUCUGGGGUAGAACAUCUGGCGUGCUGGGUAAGGUCUAGCUGGGCGUGGGGUGUGUUGGUGGUUGUGGUUGCUGGCUGAUGUGUAUAAAGGAGGGCAAGUGUUCCUCUGUUGACUGUAAGUUGUUGUUUAUUUCAAUCACAAAACGUACUUUGGAUUCUCAUAUGCAUCGAGAGAUUUCAGCUAUUAGCCGCCAAUUCAACAACGUGUCUGACCUGACAAGAACUAUAUCAGUGGAUUAUCACAUUACCUGUGUGCUCACAUCACACUCACCUCGAUUCUCACAACACCACGGCGCCCAACCACUACUCCAGCACACCCCAUCUCCCACAAUGCCUCACGCGACCUCCGACGAAUGCCCCUCCUCCUCCACUUCCUCAUCCUCAAGCAGCACCCCCUCACGAACACCCUCCCCUCCUCCCUCGCCACUCCACCUCAUCGCCCCUCAAACCCCAGACUUCCCGACUCGCCUCGCCUUGCACCUCACUACACCUUCCACACCGCGUCUCUUCAGUGCCGUCAUGGCGGAGGAGAGGAUGAGGUGUGUGAUUGACGAGUUUGAUCUCGUUAUGGGGGACCAGGGGAGCAGUAACGGCUAUGGGGGGACGGGGCGUGGAGCUUUGUGAGAAUGUGUCGGGCUUAUGAUCAGGGUUGGGAUAAAGGCGUUGGUUCUUUGUCUCGGUUUGGGGCUUGGUUAUGGAGUUGGAGUUUGUGGAGGGUAGAUGGGUAUAGAAGGUUCGGUCUGGGUCAUGUAUUAUGUACGUACGAUAUGAUGGAUGUGUUUGGGCUUGUCUUGGAAGGGCGCAACGUUUAUAGAUGGUACUGGGGCGCUAUAGAUUGGAUGGGUGGGAGUUAUAGAGGGGGUUCUAUGAUAUAUCCUGUAUUUUUCUUCUUCGGCUACUCGUGGCAGUGAUUUUAUUGAUUCAUA